UAUUGAGCAUUCAGUUUACUUGCGCAAUUAUUGCUUUGGUUGAAAAAUCUUAUCCCACUUGGUUGUUUCAAUAUUGGCGCAUUUUAUCUGAAAAUUUGGAUCUUUUAUGACAGAUAAUUAAACUCUACUGAACCGGUAUAUACUAUAUUAUAGUAAAUGCUGCAAAACAUAAGAAGUUCAAAAUAUUUUCAACCAUCAUGAAAGGAGUAAGGCAUAUCUCAUUAUGUAAUCUAAUACACUGUAAAAGAAUCAACAUUUUAAAAAACAAAUCACGUUCUGAAAACUUCUAAAAUCUACAAUUUACAAUCAGUCCUCCCAAAAUUUCUGUUGUUUUCUCCCACGCAUGAACGCUACUCAAAGUUCGAAUGUAAAUCAGAACUAUAAUUAAAAUGAUGCCCAGAAUUUCGAAUUUAGCUAUUCCAAUUUCGUAUAUUUUUUCGUAAUAUAAAACCAGCUGCACAAUUUUAAAUUUCAAAAUGACCAAAGUGACCACCUGUAGUAUUUACCAAGAAUACUCUAAAGAACUGCACGAUGGAAAAGGAAAUCAGAAUGCGCGCUAGUUAAUUCGUUCUUUUUAUAAUUUUUUUGAGAAUCAAAAUUUGUGAUUUUCAAUAAUUUUUAAUUUAGUUUGUUGGAUUUUAAAAUGUAGCGAAAACAAUGCGCACCAGGAAAAUAAUCUCUCAGAUGGAGGCCUCGUCUGCUGGAUUUCUCCUUUAAAUAUUAACCUUGACUUUUAUUGGAUAAUUCUGUUCCUCUGUAUAAUUUCACGUGUAUAAUUUCAGACGACAUGCCGCAAGAAAUUAGUAUUCGGGCCAAAACAAGUGAUUGUGGGAAGCAGGCGUCUAUAUAUGUUGUUAUAUGCUGUUCUGUAUAUUUAUUUUUUUCUGCAGGCUUGCAUUUUCACAUUUAACCGAAAGUUAUUUGCAAAAAAAGCUUUCCAGCAAACUUUGGUGUAGUUCUUCGCUUUUGUAUUACUUUAAUUUUAAAAUUUAUCACAUUUUUCUUCAUUUUUUAAAGUACUGUGUGCUUUUGAAUAAAAUGAUAAUGGAUCCUCUUUUUUUUUGCAUACGAUGGGUUAUAAAUUGAUUAGAAUUAUCUGUUUUAGAUAAAGAAACAAUGCAGAUGUUAUGCCUCUCUGCAUCGUUCCUGUUUAUGUUUGUGAAAACAGUUUGCAAACAAACUCAAAAGAAUGGUACUGAUAUUAUGGUACGAGGGAGCGGUUUGUGUCCUUACGAUAAACCUGUGUGCGGAAUGAGUUGCAAAUACGAAAUGUUAUGUUUACAACGUUGUUUCGGCGGAAAAUGUUUUCUUGGUUGUAUGAAAGAUACGAAAUGUAAACAAAAAUGCGGCUAUCGUCUCAAGAAUACGAUGUGUAGAAUGAAUUGUCGUGACACUCAGAAAUGUCAUCAAAUAUGUCAUGGACAGGAUUGCAAAGUUUCCUGUGAAGCGACGAAAUCCUGCUCCCAAGUUAUAAAAACCUCGCGUUCGUACCCAAACAAGGAUUUAGUUAUCAACAAAGCAACAUGCCAAUCAUCAGUCAUGUGUCACCAGCGUUGCGAAUUUCAAUCGUGUGUGCUGUACUGCGACAGUCCACGAUGUCACCUAGAAAGUCGGUUUUCUGUGAUAGUUAUUCAACUGUCAAAAUCAGUGCAGAACGUCACUCUGAUUUGUAAUGAAAAGUUGGUGUCUUUCUCCUUCCGUUCGAAUACAACCUACGCGUUAUGCAGUGGUGUCGGUCGAAGCCAAGUCGAGAUUCUAUCGGAUGAUCUGUUUACUACUCAAAGUCAAGUUUCUGCGCAAUCGUCAAGCGUAACAUUUACAGGAAGAGGAAUCCAGUACACUUUUACCUUAAUAUGGCUCUUUAAAUAUUUUUGCGUCUGCCAUAACCUAGGAGGUUAGAAAUAGCUAUGACGCUUGAAAAACUCUUUGGUCGUUUUCUUUAUUUCAAAAUGGUGUUACAAAAUGAUACCUUAGUUUCUUAAGUUUUUUAUAACUGCACAUGAUAAAAUAUAUCUUUCAACAUUUUUAUAUUAUUUCAUAUGAUUUUUUACACAACGUGUAUAAAGGUGUAGAAUAUUUUUUUAGUCUCACCCGAAGGUAAUUGAUGUCUGGCAAGUAUUUUACAAAGACACAUAUAUAUAUAUACUUUCGCGCCAAAAUUAAGUUCAGCACGAAAUCGAGGCUAAUUAUAAUUUUUCUUAUAGACCAUCAUAUGAACACAACUUUUACAUAGCCUGUUUUUAUAUUUUGUUUUUAAUCUUUCCAUAAUUCUUAGUUACGUAUAUAUUAUUUAU